UACAUAGUUAGGUAGGACCAUGUUUCCUUGAAAAUAUAUUUUAUAUUUAGCUAUUAAGUGUAUGCAUUUCUAGAUGUUUUCUGUGAUUGUAUUCAGGUCUAUGAAGGAACCUUACGAAAAACACUGAGGUGUCUGAAACAUAAUGGUGAAUCUUACGAAGACAGCCAAUUUCUUUCACUUCCAAUCUCCAUCAAUGCUGGACUUGAUGUAGUAUUCAGCAUGGUUGACGGUCUUGAAGCCUUUUUUCAAACAAAAAGGUUUGAUGUGGACAACUGGCUGUACUGCGAUGACUGUGAUGAGAAAACAGACAUGGAAAUUAGUUUUAACAUCCAGGAGUAUCCCACAAUACUGACUUUGCACCUCAAGCGGUUUUACUUUGACUACAUGACAAUGGGAUAUCAGAAGAACUGCUGCCCUAUGGACAUACCCUCCACACUUACCCACUUCAAGAGUUGCACAUAUGAUCUGUAUGGUGUCAUCAACCAUAGUGGUGUGUAUGGAGGUGGACACUAUGAUGCCUACAUUCAGUCUCCUGAAAAUAAAGACUGGUAUUGCUUUAAUGAUUCUCAUGUGAUAAAGGUAACAGACAAAGACUUCCUGAAAAGGUCAAAGACCGCAUACAUGAUUGUGUACAGGAAAAGUGAGAGAAUCUUCCUCUUCAAUCUCCUCAUCAAGAAGAACACCAUGGAGACCAGCACUGAGGAAGCCUUCAAGACUGCAAACAGCAGAUGA